AAAGAGGUGCUCUCUUACUAUAUAGGCCAGGAAUUAUAAAGAUAUAAUAAAACAUUUGAGAGAGUUGAUCUCCCUGGUGAGCAGUGGACUUUGGAAGAUUGGUUUGGGUUCAUCAGUUCCUUUCCUGAGAAGGUAAGGCUUCUAGAAGACAGAAAGAAGCCUUGUUCAUUGCUGCAGCUCAUCUAUCUAUUAAUGUUGCAUUAUUGGCGUUGUGAAGACAUGAAAGAAUCAGAAGAAAGAAUCUACAACACUUUGAAUAUAGAACAGAAGAUAAAGUUGAAAGAAUGUGGCAUAUAAAGUGGGGUAAUAGUAGGAAAUAUUAACUAGUUGAAAUUUGUCAAAAUAAGACUCUUUUUCAAUAAAUACAGAAUUUAUUAGGCUUCAAGUUUUUGAGACAUGCUGUUGAAUUAGAAAACUUACUUCCCUCCAAUCCCUUUAAGGAAAUAUGAUUUUUCCUAAUUUGGAAGCACUCAUUUUUACACAUAUAAUCUGUCCUUAGAAAUAUAUACAUGGGAAGUCUAAAAGUCAGCUUUUUAAUGUAGAUUAUAAUGGACAACUGACUUAACAAUGGCAGAUUUCAAGGACUUGGUUCCAAACUGAGCUAAAGUUUUCCAAUGCACUUUGUACAGACUGCAAAAAACUGUCCUGAAUUGGCCUAUUCUUGAAGGUCAUGAUGCCAUGUAAUAUAAAGAUAUCAUCUUACUGUUGAUAUCUCUGAGGAGUCCCAAGCAGACACAGAAAAUGAAUGGAGGAAAGGAGUGUGACGGAGGGGACAAGGACGGAGGCCUGCCAGUACAAGUUCCUGUGGGUUGGCAACGUCGGGUGGAUCAAAAUGGAGUACUUUACAUUAGUCCCAGUGGGUCUUUGUUAUCUUGCUUGGAGCAGGUUAAAACAUACCUGCUUACUGAUGGAACAUGCAAGUGUGGCUUGGAAUGUCCUCUUAUUCUUCCCAAGGUAUUUAAUUUUGAUCCUGGAGCUGCUGUGAAACAGAGAACUGCAGAAGAUGUUAAAGCAGAUGAAGAUGUCACAAAGCUAUGCAUACAUAAAAGGAAAAUCAUUGCAGUGGCAACACUGCAUAAGAGCAUGGAAGCCCCUCAUCCUUCCCUAGUCCUUACCAGUCCUGGAGGAGGAACAAGUGCAACUCCAAUAGUAACUUCACGGGCAGCAACUCCAAGAUCAAUGAGAACUAAAUCACAUGAAGGAAUUACAAAUUCUGUUAUGCCAGAAUGUAAGAAUCCUUUCAAGUUAAUGAUUGGAACAUCUAAUACCAUGGGAAGGCUUUAUGUUCAAGAGCUGACUGGAAGCCAGCAACAAGAACUUCAUUCUGCCUAUCCUAGGCAGAGAUUGGGCAGCAGUGAACAUGGUCAGAAAUCUCCAUAUCGUGGCAGUCAUGGUGGACUUCCUAGUCCAGCUUCAUCAGGAUCCCAGAUAUACGGAGAUGGCUCAAUCUCUCCUAGGACUGACCCACUUGGAAGCCCUGAUGUUUUCACAAGGAGUAAUACUGGUUUUCAUGGAGCUCCUAACUCUAGCCCUAUUCACAUGAAUAGGACUCCUCUUUCUCCACCCUCAGUAAUGCUACAUGGUUCUCCUGUACAGUCAUCCUGUGCAAUGGCUGGAAGGACUAAUAUACCUCUUUCCCCAACCUUGACUACAAAGAGUCCAGUAAUGAAAAAACCAAUGUGUAAUUUUUCAGCUAAUAUGGAAAUACCACGAGCAAUGUUCCACCACAAACCACCCCAAGGCCCACCUCCCCCUCCACCACCUUCUUGUGCUCUUCAGAAAAAGCCAUUAACAUCAGAAAAAGAUCCACUUGGCAUUCUUGACCCAAUUCCUAGUAAACCAGUAAAUCAGAACCCUAUUCUCAUUAAUGCUACCAAUUUCCAUUCAAAUGUCCACUCUCAGGUACCUGUGAUGAAUGUAAGCAUGCCUCCUGCUGUUGUUCCUUUGCCAAGUAAUCUCCCUUUGCCAACUGUUAAACCCGGUCACAUGAACCAUGGCAGUCAUGUUCAAAGAGUUCAGCACUCAGCUUCCACCUCCCUGUCUCCUUCACCAGUGACCUCCCCCGUGCAUAUGAUAGGAACUGGAAUUGGAAGGAUUGAGGCAUCACCCCAAAGAUCACGUUCAUCUUCCACAUCAUCAGAUCAUGGGAAUUUCAUGAUGCCCCCAGUAGGACCACAGUCUACUUGCGGUGGCAUUAAAUGUCCACCCCGGUCACCACGGUCAACAAUAGGGUCCCCAAGACCAUCAAUGCCAUCAAGCCCUUCCACCAAGCCUGAUGGACUUCAUCAGUACAAGGACAUCCCCAACCCAUUAAUUGCUGGAAUGAGUAAUGUAUUAAAUGCUCCAAGCAAUGCAGCUUUUCCUGCUGCAUCUGCUGGAAGUGGACCUUUAAAGAGUCAGCCUGGUUUGCUGGGAAUGCCUUUAAAUCAGAUUUUGAACCAGCACAAUGCUGCCUCCUUUCCAGCAAGUAGUUUACUCUCAGCAGCAGCCAAAGCACAGCUAGCAAAUCAAAACAAACUUGCUGGUAACAACAAUAGCAGCAGUAGCAAUUCUGGAGCUGUUGCCAAUAGUGGCAACACUGAAGGACAUAGCACUUUAAAUACCAUGUUUCCUCCUACUGCCAACAUGCUUCUACCAACAAGUGAAGGGCAAAGUGGCCGAGCAGCACUAAGGGAUAAACUGAUGUCUCAGCAGAAAGAAUCCAUGAGGAAAAGGAAGCAGCCGACUACUACUGUGUUGAGUUUGCUUAGACAGUCUCAUAUGGAUAGUCCUGCAGUUCCUAAACCUGGUCCUGACUUGAUAAGGAAGCAAAGUCAAGGUUCAUUUCCCAUCAAUUCCAUGUCUCAGUUACUGCAAUCCAUGAGUUGUCAAAGCUCACAUGUGAGCAGCAAUAGUUCCACUGGUUGUGGGAGCUCCAAUCCUGCUUUGCCUUGCUCUGCUAACCAGCUGCAUUUCACAGACACCAAUAUAAACUCCAAUGUUCUUCAGAAUUCAUUGACUCAGAACUUACCUUUAAGAGGGGAAGCCAUGCACUGCCAGAAUGCAAAUACCAACUUCAUGCAUGGUAGCAGCCCAGGGCCAAAUCACCAUCUUGCAGGCUUAAUUAAUCAAAUUCAGGCUAGUGGGAAUUGUGGAAUGCUCAGUCAGCCAGGCAUGGCUUUAGGAAAUUCUUUACACCCAAACCCACCUCAGUCAAGGAUUUCAGCAUCAUCCACUUCAAUGAUACCAAACAGCAUUGUUAGCAGCUGUAAUCAAACAAGUUCUGAUGCAGGAGGUUCAGGACCGUCAUCGUCCAUAGCCAUAGCUGGCACCAACCAACCCGCCAUCACAAAGACAACAUCUGUUCUUCAGGACGGUGUGAUAGUUACUACUGCCGCAGGAACCCCACUGCAGAGUCAGCUGCCCAUUGGGAGCGAUUUUCCUUUUGUUGGCCAGGAGCAUGCACUUCAUUUUCCACAAAACAGCCCUUCAAACAACAAUCUUCCACACCCUUUGAACCCCAGCCUCCUCAGUUCUCUACCUAUCUCUCUUCCAGUGAAUCAGCAGCAUCUCCUAAACCAGAAUCUAUUAAAUAUCCUGCAGCCUUCAGCUGGAGAAGGCAAGUCUGAGGUCAACCUCAACCCUUUAGGUUUUCUCAACCCGAAUGUAAACGCUGCUUUAGCUUUUCUCUCCGCUGACGUGGACGGGCAGGUAUUGCAACCUGUUCAUUUUCAGCUCUUAGCCGCCCUGCUUCAAAACCAAGCCCAAGCAGCUGCCAUGCUUCCCCUGCCAUCUUUCAAUUUGACCAUCUCAGAUCUGUUGCAACAGCAAAAUAACCCUUUACCCUCAUUAACCCAGAUGACAACCCCACCAGACCAUUUGCCAAGCAGUCAGUCAGACAGCAACAGAGCUGAGACCCUUUUAACCAACCCCCUGGGGAACCCUUUACCAAGCUUUUCAGGCAGUGACACUACUUCUAACCCCCUGCUCCUCCCUGCUGUCACUGGGGCCUCAGGAUUAAUGGCCUUGAAUCCCCAGCUGUUGGGAGGUGUCCUGAACUCGGCAUCGGGCAACACUGCUAAUCAUCCAGAGGUUUCCAUAGCAACCUCCUCCCAGGCAACCACUACCACAACCACUACAUCAUCAGCAGUGGCAGCACUGACUGUCUCAACACUUGGUGGGACAGCAGUGGUGUCAAUGGCAGAAACAUUGCUGAACAUAUCUAAUAAUGCUGGGAAUACACCUGGUCCAACUAAACUCAACAGUAACUCUGUGGUGCCACAGCUACUUAACCCUCUACUGGGGACGGGUCUGCUUGGUGACAUGUCAUCAAUAAACAAUACUUUGAAUAACCAUCAACUGACUCAUCUACAGUCACUAUUAAACAGCAAUCAAAUGUUUACUUCAAAUCAGCAACAGCAGCAACUCCUCCAUGGCUACCAGAAUCUUCAGACGUUUCAAGGACAGCCCACAAUUCCUGGUUCAGGCAACAGCUCAAAUCCUAUGGCUUGUCUGUUUCAAAACUUUCAGGUGAGAAUGCAGGAAGAUGCAGCUCUCCUAAAUAAAAGAAUGAGCACUCAAAGUGGUCUGACAGCACUUCCUGAGAAUUCUAACACUACACUUCCUCCUUUCCAAGAUACAGCUUGCGAGUUGCAACAGAGAACUGAGCCAACACUGGGACAACAGGCAAAGGAUAGCCUCAAUGUGACUGGUCAGGGUGAUGCUUCCGUAGAUGCAAUUUACAAAGCAGUUGUAGAUGCUGCAAGCAAAGGAAUGCAAGUUGUCAUCACCACUGCAGUUAGCAGUACAACUCAGAUUAGCCCCAUUCCAGCUUUGAGUGCCAUGAGUGCCUUCACUGCCUCAAUUGGUGACCCAUUAAAUCUCUCUAGUGCUGUCAGUGCAGUAAUUCAUGGAAGAAACAUUGGUGGUGCAGAUCAUGACAGUAGGCUAAGGAAUGUAAGAGGGACUCGCCUCCCCAAAAAUCUGGAACAUGGGAAGAAUGCAAGCGAGGGCGAUGGAUUUGAAUAUUUCAAAUCAGCAGGUUGCAACACACCUAAAAAACUGUGGGAAGAUGAGCAGAGUCCUGGUGGAGAGAUAAACAGAUGGAAGUGUGAGGAGUUUUUAGAUCACUCAACCCAUAUCCAUAGUAGUCCUUGUCAUGAAAGGCCCAAUAAUGUCUCCACACUGCCAUUACUUACAGGAGAACAGCAUCCAAUUCUGUUACCACAAAGAAACUGUCAAGGGGAUAAAAUGUUGGAAGAAAAUUUCAGGUAUAACAACUACAAAAGAACUAUGAUGAGUUUUAAGGAGAGACUGGAGAACACUGUGGAAAGAUGUGCACAUAUUAAUGGAAAUAGGCCUCAACAGAGCAGGGGGUUUGGAGAAUUGCUGAGUGCUUCAAAGCAAGAUCUAGUCAUGGAGGAGCAAUCUCCAAGUUCCUCAAAUAGCUUGGAAAGUUCUCUAGUUAAAGACUAUAUCCAUUUUAAUGGAGAUUUUAAUGCCAAAAGCAUUAAUGGGUGUGUGCCUAGCCCUUCGGAUGCUAAAAGCAUUAGUAGUGAAGAUGACCUAAGGAACCCAGAGUCCCCUUCUUCAAAUGAAUUAAUACAUUAUAGACCAAGGACGUUUAAUGUUGGCGACUUGGUCUGGGGCCAAAUCAAAGGACUAACUUCAUGGCCCGGCAAAUUAGUACGAGAAGAAGAAGUUCACAAUUCAUGUCAACAAAACACUGAGGAAGGGAAGGUGGAGCCUGAGAAGUUGAAGACACUAACAGAAGGUUUAGAAGCCUACAGUAGAGCCCGGAAGAGAAACAGAAAAAGUGGAAAACUAAACAACCAUUUAGAAGCUGCUAUUCAUGAGGCCAUGAGUGAACUGGACAAAAUAUCUGGGAAUGUUCACCAAAUCCCACAGGGAGAUAGACAAGUGAAGCCUCCAAAACCCAAGAGGAGGAAGAUUUCCAGAUAACAUUGAAUGUCUCUGUUAAUGGUCCAGUAUUUAUCAAAAGGAACAUGCACAUAUAUCUGUCAAUAGGUAUUGGUAUAGCUGUGACUAUAUCAUUAUCUAGGGCAAGGCAGAUAGCUGUCACCACUAUCGGGUGCUAAAUGAAACAGUGGUACCAUUUUUCUCUGAUCAGGAAGGAUUACUGAGUGCUGGAUAAGCUAAUCAAAAUCCUUGGAAGAUGACAAUAACAAGGCAUCAAGUGAUUACUGAAAACCUUUUUUCUAUAAUACUAAAAUUGUGAUUAUAAGAAAUAGUCCAAAUGUUUCUGAGAAAUUUUCAUUGUGUAUAUAGAUAAUACAGAAUUUCAUGGUGAUAUCUGAAUUGUAAAUAUUGUACAAUAUUGUCAUGUACAAGCGUACCUGAUGCACACUUUAUCUUUUAUUGUACAAAAAAAAUAGUGUACAAAAUUCUUUGGUUUCUAUUGAGUACACAUACCAGAGACUACCAGUGUAAAGUGAUAAAUAAAAAUACAGCCUAAAUGCUUUUAUAUGAUAAUGUAAAAGAUGCUGUUUUUGUAUUUAACAGCAGAGAAAAAGGCAUGAUUAUGUAAUACCUUAAUUAUGACAUACACUUCACACCACUGAGUGUUCAUUUAUAUUGUCUGUUUAGAAUGAACCUUGCCUGGAAGUACUGUACUCCGUUUCGGGUCUCUGUAGGAGAGUGCAACCUUGCAGAUUCCUAAGGGGAUGUGGGCUCACAGGUCUAAAUUAAGAAUUCAAAAACUGCAACCAUUUGUUGCAUAUUUUUUUUACCUAAGUUUUAAAGUAGAAUAGGUUUUAUAAAAAAAAAAAAUCUUAGAUGGACUAUUUUAUUCAGCCAUUUCUGUAGUUAAAAUUUCAUAGCCACCUAUUGAACUACAUCACUUAUAUGAUACACCACCAUUGACUCUCAAAACUACAUUUAUUAGCAUACAUUUUCUGACCUGAUAAAACAUCUUGUUUACAUACAUGGAGGCAAGGGCUCCAUUUUGAAAUCAUUAUCCACUAAAGACAAAAUACAUUUUGAUUUUUAUAGUAACAAAAACAUACAUAUGUCAUCAAAAUGAUUUUCAUAUCCAUCCUACAGUAUUACUAAACCAGUCAUUAAGGUGGCUUACAAAAUUAUUAGCAAUGGUAAUUUUUUAUCAGUAUUAUGUAACAUAUCAGAUUUAUUUUAUUUAAAGAAUUAUUUAUACCAUUAACAGAUUCUUAUAUAUAUUAAUGUGGCUGAAAUGUGCAGGUUAAAUCUAUUAACCAAAUUAUUUAUAUUAUAUUAAGUAAAAAAUGUGAAACACAAAUGUAGAGAGGAAAUAAUACACUACAAAUAUACAAACCUAAAACUGUGAGCCAUUGUAAAGUACAAGAAAAUUAAUAAGAAAUGUAGCACAACAUAAUUUUCCGUCUUCUUCACAUUUUUUGUGGUGGAACCCCAUCUCCCAGGCAGCAGAGCAUAAGUUUCACUCCUCCAGCCUGGACCAGGUUCAAGGCCUAUUGAAUCAGGGUCCUAAGGUUCUACUCUUCCUUAAUUCUUGGAACCAUCAUGUUUUCUCCACCAAAACACUUGAUCCCCAUUAAGAGCCAUGAUUAUAUGAUGCUCUUGUUUUAGCUAGAAGAGCAAAUGAGUACAUAGCAUGUUCAGAUGUUAACACCCAUGCUGCUGUGAGCAUGGAGACAAUUGAUCACUGAGCAUCCAUAAGAAUCCUCCCUGCUCAUCUUCCCACAGCUAUCUCAGAGCCCACGCUCUUUAUUUCUGUAAUACGAGGGAGUUCCACUGAUCCAAGAAAUAAGAGACCCACGGUCAUUUCUGAACCUGGACUCCUCGGGCCACAGCACACAGCACUACCACUGGGUUGACUUUUGGUGUCUCACAUAGCUAGCUCUUCAUUUUUUUUUCCUCAAGUCCCCUCUUCCCCCCUUCCCUCUCCCUUUUCCCACUUCCUCAAACCUGAUGGAAUGCAAUUAGCUACACUAAGCUACAGUGGCCUGGAGGCAGGAAUCCUUCCUUCUGUUGGGUAGGUUCAUUUUGUCUUUUAUGUAAUGGCAGGGAGCCUUGCCAUGAUCCUUCAUGCAAACUCAUGUGAAGUGAUUCUUUGUGUAGUUUAGUUGACACUUUUUGUUACAAGUUGAUGUGUUUGUUAUGUUUAAAGUUAAUGUUGUCCAUUUUCCGUACCAGCCUGCUUUUCUGCUGUUUUGUCUUUCACGAAUGUUUUUAUUCACAGAUUCACAUGUGUGUGUGGAUGUGUGUAGAUGUGUGGGAGUGUGAGUGCCUGUGUGAAUGUUUAUAUUUAGGGUUUUUUUGGUUUUUAAAGUCUUGGUUUUUUGUCCUAAAACUGAGUUUGUAUUGACCGAUCCUUUUUUUUUUUUUUUUAACAUUUUAAACUAAUUAGGUUUGUGCUUUCUCACCAAUGUAUACUUUACAUUAGUAGACUAUGUAAAGUAUUUUUGUGCACUUGAAUUCAUUGGUUAAUAAUGGCAUUGAUGUGGGUGCUAGGAAUAGUUUGUUUCAGUCCAUACAGGUUUUUUUUUUCCUCUCAGAGUUUUUAUGGUUUUAUGUAAGCAGUUAAUGUAAAUAUUGUGAGCAUUACAGGUCAUGCAGUGCUGUAACAUUUUUUAAAAUGUUGCACCUACUUUACAAUUAAAAAAACUGGUCACUCAUACUUGAA